CAUAACAAAACACUUUCAAAAAGAGCCAGCUGUUGGUAUUGGAGAUAACAACACGAAAAAAAUACACUAAAAUAAAGUUUUACCAAAUUUUGAUGGCACAAUAUAAUAUUUUCCGUUUGCGGAAAAUAAUUUAAGACAGAUUUUUGUACUGGAUGAAUUAUUUUUAGAAAAUUCUGUGUACGUACGAGAAGUUUUACAAAUAACAAAGAUUGUUGAGUUUAAUCAACCGUAAGAAGCAAAGUAUAAUUUUCAAAAACACCGGUUUCAGUUUCACUCGAAUAUAAAAAAGAAUUUAUCUGUAUGAAGCAUUUAUAAAAUGGUUUACACUCCCAGAAAUGAAAUAGACAAAGCAGCAAGCUGCUUACUAUCAAUGUCAAGACAAGUUACCUCAACUUAUAACGGAGAAGAAACCUUAGAACGAGCUGCUCUUAUUCUAGCCAGCUUAAAAGAAUCGCGAUGCCGCGAUGUUGAUAGGGAUCAAGAAAUAAAAGAAAGUUCAAGUGAAAGUUGUUUCUUAACGCCACCAAGAAGUAACACUUCCUCGCCCGUCAACGAUAUGUUAAAAUGCGAAGAAAACAUUUCCGAAGAAGGUGAAAAUAUAAGCGCUAAUGUACCCUGUAAUAAAAAUGACCUACAACAAGAAAAACACUUUAGCAACGAGAAAAACAAAUUUUGUGGUAUUCACACUUUUGAAGAAACCAGCACUAAAAGAAAAAUGGCUGACAUUGGUACAAAAUCGGAUGAAGCAAAAAAGAAAACGCACGUUUGCCCUUAUGAGAACUGUACAAAGAUGUACGGAAAAAGUUCACAUUUAAAGGCUCACAUGAGAGUUCACACAGGAGAGCGUCCAUUUUUAUGUACAUGGAGCUCUGGCGAAGUUACUUGUAGCAAAAGAUUUGCUCGUUCAGACGAACUUGCACGACAUUACCGCGUUCACACUGGAGAAAAAAAUUAUGUAUGUCCUGUGUGUUCAAAAAGAUUUAUGAGAAGCGACCAUUUAGCCAAGCAUGCCCGUCGACAUCCAAACUACGAUCCCAUUACUAAGUCAGUAAGGAAGGAUAAGGAACAGCCAAAAAGUCAACCAUUUUCUAUUCUUCCCAUGCAUGCAAUUAAACCAGAAGGACGUGCAUUUCAUCCUAGCUUUGAACGGAAUUACUACCCAGUAAGCAAUAUGCCUUUAAAUACAUUUGUUUUGUCCCAAACGUUUGAGCAGAUGAAUUUUACUCCGUCAAACAAAACAAGAAUUUACCCUCCACAUACGAUACAAAAGAUAGCUACUGGUUAAGACAGAUGUGAGUAUGUUUCUUUUUUUGGUAACCUAUAGAUUUAAUAGUCAUAAAUAAAGAGUAUUCAGUGCAGGGAUUUUCUCUUUGUGGUUUCCUGAUAGCCAGUUUUUUCUUUUAAAUUUUGCAACGUUAUAAAUAAAACAUUGUGCGAUCACAAAUUUGUUCUGUUUUUUUUACCACAUGAUUCUUUUGUUGAUCAGAAGAAAUGUGGCUGGUUUAAAUCUAAGAAUAUAUAAAAAAAUCCUAACACUGAACUUAGUUUUGACUACGUAUGCUUACAGUAAAAAAAAUGACAUUUUUUUUCAUGAUAACCACGUGAUUUUGUUUAUAUGGCACUUCAUCGUAGAGGUUUUCUUGUGCAAACAUUUUUUCCAGAGUUUCUUUAGCGUGGGGGGCUUCGUGCGUGGUAAUGAUUCAAAAAAUUAUGUAACACACAAAAGUCUGUUGUCAAAAUUAACAUUUUUCUUUUCUUUUUGUUAAUAUAUAUUAUUUCAAAUAUUAUUUUAAAAAAAAAUUUGCAAGCUUUAUUCUUUGAGAGAAAUUACUUUAUCUUGUACAUAUUGAAAGUAUUAUAUGAGACUUUUCAGCUAUUGUAAGUUAUAUUCCUGAAACAUUUCGAGGGUUCUACCUCAAGUUUUUAAAAGUACUUUUUUGGGUUAUGUAUUUUCCUCUAAAACGAUAUGCCUACCUUAUUUUUCUAAGGACUGCUUUAUUGUAAUUUAUUUAAGAUGAUUGCUUGUGCUUAGGUGUUAUGAAAGCAAAUAAAUUAUUUUAAUUUCCCUUGUUUCUAAUAUAUAUUAUUUAGUUGUUUCGUUGUAGAAAUAAUAUUAACUAUAUAUACAUGUGUUUCCAAAAAUGUUGUAAAACAUUUUACGACAUAUACAUUUGACUCUUUAAUGUUUUGAAACUCAACAUCUAGGCCACUUUUUUGGUCCACAUGAGAGUUUAAGGAUAUCGGGUAUUUAACUUCAAUUUAAAAUUUCUUUACAAGAGGAACAUUUACUUCCCAAUAUAAUUGUUUUGUUGCUUUUUUUCUUUUCCAUGUUAUAAAAAACUAAAAAUCUUUGUUUAAGUUUCAACUUUCUGAUAAAACAUUAGGAUCUUAGAUGCUAUUAUCUAAUCUUCCAAUUUUACAUGUACAUGUUUCUGUUAUUAUGUUUUUGUCUCUUCAAUAUUUCAUGAGGAAUUUUCUUUCUCUCAGAGAAGUUAUUUAUGAGAAACACAUCUAAGAGGCCUAAGUUCUAAUGUGUUUCUUUCAAGCUGUGUUUAUCUAAAAAGUUUUUACUAGUUACUUGAACACAUGGCUAUUUUCAGUAUUAUUAAAAAAAGUGGUUGUAAUUAUAUACCAGCUGGAAAUGUGACACCUAAGAAAUUAUGUUAGAUCAGCUUUGUUCUUUCUAAACAAAAGCCACAUGUCAUUUUCUUACCCAAUGUAAUAAACGUUUUUGAAAAUCUUUAAAUCAAAGAUCACGCUAUUCUUUUAUUAAUACCUAUGGUGCAAGUUUUUUUACUUUGCGUCACUGGUCAAUGUUCCGGUAAAAAGUGUGAUUUUUCAAUGCUUAAAAAUUUUUCCUUUUAAAAAAAUUUUUUAUUUAUGCUCUCAUUAAAAAAUAAUUUUGGUUUAGAAUUUUAGCAACAUGAGUAAAGAUAUAUAUAAAGACUGUUUUUUUCUAACUUGUAAAAAAGAAGCUGUUCUGUUUCAGGGUCAAAAAAUUUUGGAGGGAAGGGUACUUUUUGAUGAAUUUCUGUAUUCUGUAAUGUUCAGUUGAUCAAAACACUCUUUGUCUUUUCAAACAAUCUAUGUGUUAUUGCAUGUUUUUGAUCUUUUUUGAAAUGGUCUGAUCGCUUUAAUCUGGUUUAUUAAAGCUGUCAGCUGUCCUUCUCAUUGAAAUAUAAAUUUCUCCCUUCUAUGAAAAUGAUAAUGAUGUUUUGAACUGUUAACAAAGUUCGCUUCUUUUUGCCUUGAAACACUGCUCAAUUUCGACUUUCUUAGCCAGAUUCAUUAUGUUUUUUUUCCCAAACUGUAGUAACUUAUUUAAAAAUAUAUAUAUAUUGGGUUUUUUUUCAUCGUGAGAUCUGUGCCUGAUUAUAACUGAGAAAAUUGAUUUUAACAUUCUGAUAUUUAUAUGUGUAAAUUUUAAAGUUUAUUGUAAAAUAUAUUACGGCAGUGCAUCAUUUGAGUGCUUGGACACAGAAACUGCUUUGCUUGGUAGGAACUUUAUUUACGGGGCACUUAUUUAACGUUGUUUUUUUUUAAUAAACAAUCGGGCAGCUUACAUGGGUGCUUAUUCCUAUUCGAUACAUAACGAUGUUCCUUCUCUUCCCUAGUUUUAUUCCUGCAAAUAUAUAUUAAAAGUUUUUGUAGAUAUUUUAAGUUGAUAUAUUCCGUUUAUUAUAAAUUGGUAAUUAUUCACAAAAAAGUGGAAUGAGUGUGCCACAACAAGAGAGACCCGUAGAUUUUCUUUUUUAAUGACACAAAUUUUUCUGCGUGUUGGACAUAAAUUUGCAGGUAUGUAACAAUGAAUGGUCUUCAGGGUUUUUUUCCACAAUAUCAAAAUUUUAACUCUUUCUUUUUCCUGAAACGUUCGAAUUAUUCAAGGUAAGCGGAACCCUGGUCCAUACAAUAACUGCAACAUUGCCAACUAUGUCCUACAGAAUUGAUAAACGCUAAUACUGAUUUCGUGUUGUGGAACCUUUUUUCACACUUUGUGAAAAGUCAGUGUUUAAUAGGUUUGUAAUUAUGAGCGUAUAAUUAAUAAAAAACAUCUGAAAUUUUGAUAAAA